GGUUAACACAGACAAUGCAGUUGCGGGUAUGGAGGGACAGUUUGACAAGGUUACAACAGGAGAAAGUAUGGACUAUGGUGUCCCAUACGACUACGGUAGCGUGAUGCACUAUUCCAGCGUUGCAUAUACGAAAAACUCACUUUUGAAAACAGUUAUGCCUUUGCAAGCUCAUUAUGAGCACACUAUUGGUAGCCGUGUGGAAGCAUCAUUUCUCGACUUCAAACUUCUCAACUUGGCAUACUGCUCCAGGUCUUGCACCAAUACAUUGCCAUGCCAACAUGGUGGUUAUCCCAAUCCCAAUGCGUGCAACAGCUGCAUAUGCCCGACGGGACUUAGUGGCACCUUAUGUGAUCAGGUUCAACCCUCAAGUAAGUAUUCAGUAAGACAGCUAAGUAAAAGCUAAAU